UUAUUAUUAUUAUUAUUAUUAAUGUAUGGUUUAAUAGUAAUCGGUAUACAAAAUUAUGUUGAAUCCGUUUAUGGUGAAAAUGUAUGGCUUAGAAUAUUAGAAAAAUCUAAUACAGGUUUAUUAACAUUUCAAACACAUAAUAUUUAUUCAGAUACAGUACCGGAACGUUUAUUUUUAGCAUUUAGUAAUGAAACUGGUGAAACUAUUGAAAAUGUCACCUAUGAAACUGGUUUAUCAUUUGCUAAAUUUAUAUCUGAUUAUGGUUAUGGUAAUUUAUUACGUGUACAAGGAAGAGAUUUUAUUAGUUUUUUACAUAAUUUAGAUAAUUUACAUGAAUAUUUACGUUUAUCAUAUCCUGAUAUACAACCACCAUCAUUUUCUGUUAUUCAGAUUACAAAUGAUUGUAUACGUUUAAAGUAUUCCUCAAGACGUAAUGGUUAUACACAUUAUGUUCGGGGACAAUUAAUAACAUUAGCUAAACGUUUAUAUAAUCUUGAUAUUAAUGUUCUAUUCAUUGAUAAGAAAAUUAUUAAUAAUGUUUAUGAAACUAUAUAUGAUAUUUAUGCAUUAAAUGGUAAAUGUUGGAUUGAUCCCCAUAAUUAUGAUAUACAAAAACCAUUAGAUAUAUGGGGUAAUACAAUAUCGAGUAAUGUAUUUUUUGAUAUAUUUGCUUUUUCAUUAUUAAUCACAAAUCAAAUGAAAAUUAAACGUGUUAGUACAUCAUUUCGGAAAUUAGAUUCAUCUCUUGAAGGUUCAGAUUUUAAUGAAAAAUUUUUAUUAUUUAAACCAUUUAUUAAAUCAAAUAUAGAGGAGACACCUACUAUCAAUCUCAUAUUAUGUAACUAUUUAGAGUUUAUUCUAAUAAAUUUACGUAAAUUUAUUGAAACAACAUAUGGUAAUGAAAUAUGGUUACAAAUUUUAAAGAAUACUCUUAGCAACCAAAAAAUAUUUCAAACUUAUCAAAUCUAUGAUGAUCAUUUAUAUCAUCAAUUAAUCAAUAAUUUAUCACAAUUAAUUAAUAAAUCAAUAAAUGAUUUAUAUAUUGAUAAUGGUAAAUAUUUUAUUCAAUUUUUAAUUGAUUAUGGUUAUAUUAAUUUAUUAAAAUUUAUGGGUAAAGAUUUUAUUAAUUUUUUAAAUAAUUUAAAUGAAUUACAUAAACAAAUACAAUAUUGUUAUCCAUGCAUUAAAUCACCAUUAUUUACCAUAAUUAAAAUUGAAAAUGAUCAUUUAAUAUAUUUAUCAUAUUGUAGUCAACGUAAUAAUUUUAUAAAUUUUGUUAAAGGACAAUUAAUAAAUGUAGCAAAAUUAAUUUAUAAUAUAAAUAUAAACAUUGAAUUAUUGAAUCAACAAGAUAGUGAUCUAUCGACAUUAGGAAAAUUAUCACAGCCAUUGUCAUCGUCGACGACAUCAUCAUCGUCGUCGUUAUCAUUGGCAUCCUCAAUGUAUUUUGAAAAUUAUUUUAGAAUUGAUUGUUUAAAUGGUAGAUUACAAAUGAAAGAAUAUUUACCAAAUAUUAAAUCAUUAUGUAUAUCUAAUGAUAUUAUACAAUCUAAUAUAAAUAAUAAUGAAUUGCAUUCAUUAUUACCAUUUUAUAUAAUAAUUAAUCAAAAUUUAAUUAUAAUGAAAGUUGGUGAAGCUAUUCAACAUAUAUGUAAUAAUUUAAUUGGAUGUAAUUUUAAAAAAUUCUUUUUAAUUAGAUAUCCAGUAAUACAUUGUACAUUUGAACAGAUAAAACUACAUAUGCAUAAUACAUUUGAAUUGGUUCUGAUGAAAAAUCAAUGCUUGGAUAAAAACAAUGGUCACUCAAAGAUUGGUAAGGCAGAAUGUAAAUUUCGAGGUGAAAUGCGUUAUGUUGAACAAUGGGAUAUGUUAUUAUUUCUAGGUGCACCAACUAUACGUGAUAUAAAACAUUUAAAUGAACAUGGUUUAUACAUAUGUGAUUUGAAUAUGUUUGAUCGAAGUAGAGAUGUAAUAAUUUGUGGUGAUCAAAUAUCAAGUGAAUUAUUGAAAUUAUUUCAAUUGCAACGUAAAAAAAGUGAAGAAUUAGAAAGAAGUAUGAAACGUUUGGAUAAAAUACGAAAAUUAACAGAUCGUCUUUUAUAUCAAUGUAUUCCAAGAGCAGUGGCUCGUAAAUUACGUGAUGGUAUUCCAGCAAAUGAAACUAUAGAGACAUACGAUUCUGUAAGUAUAUGUUUUACAAAAGUUUUUAAUUUUUGUGCAAAAUGUAUGCAUACAAGUGUUGAUCAAAUUGUGGAACUUUUAAAUAAAAUGUAUACACUUUUUGAUGAUCUUACAGAAGCUUCUAAUGUUUAUAAGGUUGAAACUGUUGGUGACAGUUAUAUGCUUGUCUCUGGAGCACCGCAUAAGACACGUUUUCAUUCUGCACAUAUAACAGAGAUGGCAUUAAAUAUAUUGAAAGUUACUCAUGAAUCUUUAGCAUGGCCAAAAUCUAAUGAUUCUAAGGACACCACUGAUAAUGAAAAUGGAAAGGAGGUUUUAAAGCUUUACAUUGGAUGUCACACUGGACCUAUUGUAGCUGGUAUAGUUGGUCACAAAGCACCAAGAUAUUGUUUAUUUGGAGAUACAGUGAAUACAGCUAGCAGAAUGAUGUCUAGUGGUGUGCCUGAUCGAAUACACGUCAGUCAAAUGUUUGCUGCUAAUCUUUCGGAAUUCCCGUACAUUUUAGAAUACCGUGGUGAAAUUGAUGUUAAGGGUAAAGGUAAAAUGAGAACAUAUUUUGUAAAUGGUCGAAAUGAUGAUUUUACAUUAUCAGAUAAUUUAUAUGGAAAUCAAUUAAAUUUUAGUAAAAUAUUAGAAAAAGAUGUUGAAGAUAUUGAAUUAGAUGAUUCUACUAUAUCUCAUAAUACUUCAAUAGAUCCUAUGAAUGAAUUUAUUGAGAAAGAUCAUGAAAUCUCAUCUGAAUGUUCAACAGGAAUUGAUCUAGACGAACUAUUAGAUCAUAAACAUAAACAAAAUGAAGAAUAUAAUAUAAAUUUAACUAAACAUGAUAAUAUGAUGAUCAGUAAAUUGACAGAUUCAGUAAACAUAGUCAGUUGUCACAAUAAUAAUAAUCGAGCGAUAAUUCCAAUCGACCACAAAGAAGAUGAAUUAGUAAGUCAUAAUGAGUCUUUAUUAUCAGCAACAAAUCAAAAUGAUAAAAUUACUACUAUUACUACUACUAAUACUACUACUAGUAGUACUAGUACUAGUACUACUACUACUACUAAUACAAACCAUGAUAUUAAUAAUAAUAAUAAUUCUAUUAUUUCCAACGGUGAUAUUUGUCCAAACUUUAAAAUAUCAAAAGUCAAACGAACUAAUGAAAAAUCAUAUGAGAAAUUCGGGGAUCACAAUCUAUUAAAUGAAUCUAAUUCAGAUCUAAUUCAUUAUCCAUGCCAAAUACAAAACAUAAAUGAAUUACCAUGUUGUUCAUCACAAUUUUCAUCAAUAUAUAAAAAAGAUGUUAAAUUUGCUUUAGAUAACGAGAAAAUAAUUUCAUAUGAAUGUGAAAGUAGUGAAGAUGAUGAUAAAUUGAAUGGUGAAUUUCAUUCUUUAGAUGUCCAUAAUGGUAAAGAUAAUGCUGAAGAAAAAUGUAAGACAAAGGUAUUCGAAGGAAUUAGUUCUGAGAUAGAAUGUUCAAGUAAACAACAACAACAACAACACUCACAAAAACAGUUACCAGUAAAUUUUAAAAAUAUCACUUCAGUAGAACAAAAAUAUAAAAUUGAAAAAUUCAGAAAAAUGAUUAAAAAUAAUUCAUUUGGUCAAAUGAAUCCAAUCUCGCUUUCUUCUUCUGGAUCUGAUGUAUUUAAUAUAUUAUAUGAACCUUUGACUUUAGGACUGACUGAACUAGCUAUAGUCAAACCAAAUGAACCAAUCAAAUAUCUUGGAUCAUGGUUGAAACGUUAUAAAUCAAUGGAACAAGAGGAAGAUUAUUAA